AUGAUCAACGAGAAUUCCAACGGAGGCGAUAACGAACCCGCUAGUGAAGCGGCUGAAGGCUCGUUUGUUGAUUAUGAUUUGGAGGAACUGGAGGACGAGAUGGAAAAUGUAGAGGCUCAGCUACCCGUAGAUCAGUUGAACGUCACCGAUGCGAGCAAUGCAGCAAACAUCCGUGAUGGCUUAUUUUUCCGUUCACUGUUAGUGUACAAGCGACAAUUCAAAGGACAUUCAUCAGGAACCUAUUUUGCUCGCUGGGAGCUGUCCGCAGGAAGCAACAGCAAGUUCAUUCACAAAGUUUGGAAUUUGUCGAAGGAGUAUUUAGCUCGUGAAGUAAUUUUCGUUUCAAACGCUGAUGGGACAUCUAGUCCAUCAUGGAGCUCCAACGAGUCAGCCAUCGAGAGUGAAUUCCAGAAGUUUGUGCUAUUCCAAUCUGGCCGGCGAAACUAUACUUUGGAUAAAGUGAGCGAUGAAAAGAGUAGUCUUUUACAAAGCUGGAUAGACAAAGACAUUUCUUUGUUUUUGCAUAUGUAUUCGCUCUCCAUAAGUAGUCGCGUAGUUUGGAAUUCGGUCAAGGAUGUGUUGAUUGAUCCAGCUGAAAAGGACAGAUCCAGAGCAGCAAUGACUAAAGCUGUGUUUGAACUAUCUGAUGAUCUCAGAGGCACUCACGGUGAACAUUUGGACGGACAUGGAAUGGCUUGGUCGUUCUGGGCCAACAGUAUUUUGAACGCUCCUGCUCACCUAAGGCAAGCAAUGAUGGACCAUCCUCCCCAGCAUUUAUCUCAUUUGUUCCGGGCAAAAGAAGGACCUCGUAUCAAUGCAAUAAGAAGAAAAUUGAACGUAGCCCACAGUGUUAACGAUAGUUUUCAUGAGGAGAUCACAUCACUUCGUCAGGCUUUUGAUAUUCUGGAAUCGAGUUUUGACAAUGUUGCCGAAACGAUGAAGAUUGUGAAACACCGUCUGGAGGCUUUGGAGAUAAGAGACAAGCAGAGCGAAACUCUCAUAAGUGCUAUGGAGUCUUCUGCUAAUGUUCUAGAAGAUCAGCAGGGCCGGACAUUGAGCAUGGAAAUCACCGACGCUGACGAUGUUGAUCAUGUUUAA